AUGGCCCCCACCAGCACGAUAUUUCGCCUCUUUACCCUGUCCGCUGCUAUAGGCCUGGCGACUGCUACGUUCAGUCUCAACACUUCCGGUCCUAGUUGGGACUAUACAACCAAGGACUUGGCAGACACCACGUCGCAGGCUUGCAAGGAUGCCUACAGUGCCAGUAUCAACUGCGAUGAAACCCUCCUGAAGAUCGUGGCGUCUAUGGAUCCUGACUUCGACCCGCAACCUUCGGACUUGCAGGCUAUGUGCAGCACGACAUGCAGUGAUUCAUUGUCGCAGUAUAUCAAGAAUGUCAAGUCUGCAUGCGGCGAGGAUGGCGAUCUUGCCGGUCUUUCCAGCGGGAAUAAGUAUGUCUAUCAGGCUCCCAUGGCCACCGUGGGCGAGGUUUUCCAGUACAAAUAUGGCCAAUCUUGUGCCAAGAGCGGGUCUGAUUACUGUUACUUGACCUAUCCCGAGAGCGACGAUUGGGCCAAAACCGACUUCCCAUGCAGCGACGAGUGUGCAGUCAAGUUUUACCAAAAUGCACACGAGCAACCUGGCUCAGCAUAUUUCUUCAGCUACUUUGCUCUUGGUACCCAAUCAUCAUACUGGGAGAAGACCUUUGCUGGCGGUUGGGAAACUGUGGUCCAAUGCGGCGAUGGUGAAAGCGAUGUAAGCUCCAUUAGCAAGAGCGCAACUUCGACCAAGAACGACAUGAUCGAUAUUUCAUCGUUCACCAGCUCGACUAGCACCAAAGUGGCUAUUUCUACGACCUCAGCACCAACUGCAGCAAUGUCAAACGCCGCACCAGUUCAGUCUGCCUCUGUGACUGCUUCAACUACUCCAACUACAGCCACUAGCGGCGCUUCGAGGCUCAAAGUCUCAUUUUGUUUGAAUUUUUGGGCACACAUGAACACGUUGAAUAUUUUCUAA